AGCGAGAGAGGUAGCAGUCAGUGCGAUGGGAUAGAGGAGAGCAAGGAGGAGGAGGAGGAGAGUGAAUGAGAGCUGCUGGACCUGCCUCGCUCUGCACGCCUGCCCGUCGUCUGCUGAAACUGGCUUUACCGACACUGAGCGGAGUCACGGCCCGUCCACAGCACCGACACACAACACACACACACCCUGCCACCGGCAUCCCUCCACCUGCAAGGAUAACCCGGAACCAAGCUGACCAGGUUUUCUCCAUCAUCAGCAUCAGCAGCAGGGGGGGCACACAUCAGCAUUGAAGCAAGCAGAAGCUAUCAUUUAGGCUCCAGCUUCUACCUGACCUUAUCUCCCUCCACCUUCUCCCAUCCUCAUCCUCAUCAGCACCACUCCUCUCUUGCUCCUCCCUAUGCCCUUGUCCUCAGCGGCUCCUCUCACCUCCCUGGCCAGUAUAUGGAUAGAAGCUCCCUGUUUCAGCUCAUACAAGAGCAGCUGGACCCAGAGAACACCGGUUUUAUCCCAGUGGAGAACUUCACCAGUUUGGUGGAGCACCAUGAGCUGCAGCUGGACCCAUCCAAACUGGACAUGCUGUUAGCCCUCGUCCAGAGUAAUGGAGAGGGACAGGUGUGCUACCAGGAGCUCAUUGAGCUGAUGAGUAGCAAACGCUCCAGCAGUUUCCGACGUGCCAUCGCCAACGGCCGCCGCACUCUGCAGAGGGAGAUCCUGCUGGAUGAGACGGGGUUGGGCCUGUAUAAACGAUUUGUCCGUUAUGUGGCCUACGAGAUCCUGCCCUGCGAGACGGACCGACGCUGGUACUUCCACCAAAACCGCCUGUGCCCUCCACCCGUCUUCAUCGCAAUUGUCACCAUAGUCCAGAUUAUCGUGUUCAUGUGCUACGGCAUCAUGCUCAACAAGUGGGUUCUGCAGACCUAUCAGCCCGACUUCAUGAAGAGCCCACUUGUCUACCAUCCCGGUCACCGAGCACAAGUGUGGCGCUUCUUCAGCUAUAUGUUCAUGCACGUUGGUUUAGAGCAGUUGGGAUUCAAUGCUCUACUGCAGCUGAUGAUCGGCGUUCCUUUAGAGAUGGUCCACGGCAUCUUACGAAUAAGUUUGCUUUACAUGGCAGGAGUACUGGCCGGCUCACUGACAGUGUCCAUCACAGACAUGCGUGCUCCAGUCGUCGGGGGCUCUGGAGGGGUCUAUGCUCUGUGCUCAGCGCAUCUGGCCAACGUCGUCAUGAACUGGGCCGGGAUGCGCUGUCCGUACAAGCUGCUCCGCAUGAUCCUGGCACUAGUUUGCAUGAGUUCAGAGGUGGGCCGUGCUGUCUGGCUCCGCUUCUCACCACCGUUGCCCUCCUCAGGUCCCCAGCCCAGCUUCAUGGCACAUCUGUCCGGGGCCAUAGUCGGUAUCAGCAUGGGGCUGCUGAUCCUGCGCAGUUAUGAGGAGAGUCUGCAGAGACAGUGCUCCUGGUGGGUCAUUGUCUUCUCCUUCAUCACCUUCCUCCUCUUCGCCAUCUUUUGGAACAUCUUUGCAUAUGAUCUCCUGGGGGUACAGAUACCCCCUCCACCCUGAUGAUGGCCCCUUCCUGCAACUCCGAUCCUGUAUCAUUUUUAUCAUUAUUAACCUUCUAUAUCUUCUCAAUUUAGACCCAAAUGAAAUUAUUCAAACUAAAAAUCAAAUAAGAAUCCUUUUUUACAGAUACUUUGCAAAUCAAAGAAAUACGUCUCUUUUAUUAAAGAGGGAUUACAGUAGCAACAAGUACAUCUGAACGUUCCUCAGAUCCAUUCUAAGGAGCAUUAUGUCUUUUUAUAUACAUUGUAUCUCAUCCAUGUUACCAGCACUAAUCUUUCAGCGAGCAUUUAGCUGUUGUGCUCCUUUUUUUUAUUUGAAAAGUUGUUUCAUCAGUAAGUUUUUGUGAGUGCAUCUAUCGAUGAUGUAAAGACCUCAAGUUAAAAGAAGCUGACUUCAUGACAUGUGCCUCUGUGGAAAAGAAAAAAAAAAAGACGAACGAGAAGGAUGAGAUGUAAGAGAGCAGGAUCAGUGCGGCAGUGCUCCUCCAACUAAUGAGAUGUCAGUGUUUUGCUGAAAGGCACAUAAGCCUGAAUUAGGACAAAAUUCCUGGAAGAGCACGUUCAGUUCUGUAAUCAGUAAUAAAAACAAACACAAACAUGAUUAGUACGAUUAAUUUUUUUUGCUUUCGCAUCCCUGUUGUAGCUAACACACUGUGGCUUUUUGCAAAAUUCCUUUCAGACCAAACUUUAAAAAAAAAAAACAAUAGCAAAGACACAAACAUGGUGCUGUAGAUAAAAACUGACUUUAGAAAAAAAGAGAUUAAGAGCAGUUACAGAGAGAAUGCAAGUUAGAAACACCACUUUCAUUGUCAUGUGACGUAGAGGAAACAGUUUUUAUUCUUUCUGCAUCAUUUCCUCGUCAUGACACCUACACUGUGGAUACAGAAACAUAACUCAACACGACAAAAACAAACGCCUCCUGUUGCUGCGUCAGACGCCAACCAUCCACUCGCUCAGCACGCCUUGUAAAAUAUGUCAUGUCAUGUUCUGGAGCUUUCAGCGAGACAAGGACACACACGUACACACACUUCUCCUCUUUUGUCUUUGAGGGCAACCGCUGGCUGAUUCUGCCGGUCAACAUGGACAACCCGAACACACUCACACACACAAACUAGCCUCCGCCUGUUCUGGCUCUGCCAGACUGAACUGGGGGAGGGCGUGGACGUGCCACCACCUGACCUCCGACCUGCAUGUCCCAGAGGGCAUUGGGGUCUUUGUCAGGCCCAGUCGAUACCUCAGUUUCUCGUUCUUAGGGACUGUAUAAAUGUGUAAAGGAAUGUAUCUAUAAAGAAAAAAAAAGUGUUAUUCUGUUGUCCCCCGUUUUCCUUUUACGGUGAAUAUGUAUAUUAUAUGUUCAUAACCAAGAAUAUAUUUAUUUGUAUUUUCUCCUCUUUGAAGGAGAAAGGAGAAAAAAAAUUCAAAUGGUGCAAAAUGAAUUGUAUAAUUGUCCUUAUAAGUCCUGUAUGGCUUUGAUCUACUAGAAGAUAGUGAAGCAAAACUCCCCCGUUUGUUAGGUGACCACGAAAAUGUGGAGCUUAGUUGAUUUUGUAUUUCUCAAGUCAUUACUUUAUCAAAUAAGCCAUAGGAAGAACUAAAAGGAAAUACAAAAGCAGAGGAAAAAAAUAUUUGUGUUUGUGUGAAAGCCACUGGUAACUUUUUUUGUUUUUGUUUUUCUCAAUGAAUUUUCAGCAGGUGAAACAUUUUUUAAAAAUCAUACUGUGCAAAUACAUGCCUGUGAAAACUUGGACUGUUUUAGAUGCUUUGAUGUAGCUAAACUCAUUUUUACUACUUGUUUGCCAAUUUGUUCAUCAUUGAUGCAGCAUAACUUUGCAAGUGCCCACUUUUCCAAACUAACCACCAGUAUUUCUCCGUGCAUCUCUGCUUCUGCUGAUAACAAAUUACAGACAAGGCAUCUGUCAUACGUUAUCCCCGAAAGUGAUUGAAGCUGAGGCGAGGAUAGCAAUUACAUUUAUCCAACGCUGUGUUCCGUUGUUUAGCCUUUCAGUCAAUAAUUCAUUUGAAUGUUUGGUUGCUGCACAGGGGACUUAGCCUUCUUUUUGCCAAUCUUGACAGUCAGCAGUCCUCACCAUUUGCUUCUACAUGAAACUGUCAGUGGAUGACAGAAGACUCCGUUGAAAAUGAGAGGAAUGAGUAUGAAAUAGUCAUAAUAAGCCAUUUUCAGAUCUAUUUAAACAAGAAAAUAUCUGCUAAUAUAUGGUGGUGAUGAAUAUUUGAUGGAAAGUUGUACAUAUCAGGAAAUAUUACUGCUUGAAAUUGUAAUGAUCCGUUGGUGAAUAAUGCAUACAUGCCCCGUUAGCCUAUAAUUAAGAUAAAGGAGGCCUAGGAGAGGUCAUUGUGCCUCUUGAACUUAAAAUGCAUAGGAAACCAGAGGAACUGGGGGGAAAGGGCUAGUAAAUUGAUGGAUAUCCUUUUGUUGAAUACACUUACUGUGAAUAGAACCCCUCCAGGAAGUGCAUGCAGGACUAGAGUCAAAUGUUUGUGAAUUUAUGUUGCCCCUAAAACUGUAAAUGAAAAAAAAAACAACAAAAAAAACAAAACAAUCCACAGCGAUUUUUUCAUACAAAAGGAAAUCUGUGGUGUUUAAAGUGUUAUUUGUUCAAGUCAAGUUAGAGUCAGUAUCAGCAGAGAAAAUGAGCCCUUCGGUUUGGGAGGAAGCAUUCAACAGUUGUAUGUCACUUUUCUGUAAAUCAAAUCUCCCAGUCUUGAGUCAAGCACAGCACUAAACACACACACACACACACACACACGCACACACGCACACACGCACACACGCACACACGCACACACACACAGCAGUGUCUCUAAUAAAAGCCUUCACUACAUAUCUUUAAGGAGGUUCCUGACUCAACCUCGCUGACAACAUGCAACCAUUUUGAAUUGUCAUGCACAUUAAGACACCUGAGACAGUACUGCUAGGACCACAAAAGGCACACAUGGUCAACGGCAUAUAUUUUUCCCCAUUCUGUGUAUCACAUCACCACACCGCCAGUGUCAGGACGAAGCUGUUGUGAACCCAAACCUGUAGUGGAUAUCUUCCUUUAAUACCAUGUGGCAUGAGUUAAUUGCUGUCAUUAGGGGACAUACUUGUUUCUGACAGCAGAGGGGAGUCUUAGAGAGUGGUGGCACGAGCUGAAUAGGAGCAGCCUGUCACUGUUGUGUUAUCCAUCACUUUUAAUAAUCCACAUCCUCUUGUUGAUUGGUUUAGCAACAUUGUCUGAAUUUUCCAUUUAACCCUUGUUUAUUCUACUCUACCCUACAUUUGUGCUUUUCUUAUUCAGAAUGCAUCAUUACUUUAUGGCUCAACAUUUCUCUGAUGGCUGUUUUCUGAUUUCCUGUUUCUGUAUAUUGUAAUAAGUGGGCUUUUUGCACUGCUUUAGUGUAGUUAAAUGACAUAUUGUGUGCAAUAGUCAUUCCUUAAUGCUUUACUUUUAUCUCCCUAUGCCAAUCCAUUGUGCUAUUAUGCCCAAUGCCUUGUUAUAUACAAGCCCGAGACUAAGCAGUGGCAAAGGCUUCUUUGUUAAAGCUAAAUGCUACAUUCUCCACCACCCUGUACAGAAUCUAUAAAGGACAGAAGCCGCAGUGCAAGCAUCUGUAGCUGCUUUGAGCUGCUUGUGUGCCAACAAGCCCGCCAGGUUGCCUUUUCUUAGUGUUUAGCUCUUCUUAGAUAUGGGUAACUCUCACUGCAGGACGGUGCAGGUAAAGCAGGCUGCUGUAGCUCCCUAAAUGAAACUGUAUUUCAAAGGCUCAUCAGAACAAACAUUUAUAAUCUGGUUUACAGAUUCUUUUAACAUAUUCAGCAAGCCCCCCCCGCCAAAAAAAAGAUUGGAUUUCAGAUUAAUUUUACAAAUGAUUUGGGAUUUUGACAUCAAAAAUGUGUAAAAGAGGCUCUGAUUGAUGAUGCGUGUUAACUGAUAAGUAACCUUUCAGAACAGACAUGCAUUAGUGAAAUAUGUAAUGUAUAAAAGAGGCAGUAUUAUUCAUGUGUUUAUUUUCCGGAGGUGAGGAAGCAUUCUGGUUUUUGACACUUGUUAAAAUCUCAUCUUCAUAGAUUUUAGUUUUUCUACAGGUUAUUCACAAAUACCGAGCCACUCUAGGUCAACCAAAAACAUUGCUGGCAAUUUCUUGACAAUGAGUCAUUUGCCGCCGACGGAUUAGAAUAACAAAAAUCCUAUCUGUGCUGCCGUGGGAGUUUUUCAUGAGCUGCUUCCUUAUAUUGAUAAAAUGGUGCCAAGCUUAUAAGGUUCAAUCUCUCAGACCAGACAAGAGGUUGUGCCAACACAGCGUUUACAAAACGAAGAAGCAGAAGAAGCUAUUUUUCUCUCAGUCAAGAGGAAACUAAAGGAAAACUAAAUUUACAUAUGGAUAAUUUAUAGCAAAUUCCUCAUGAAUUACUUCACAAUCUAUUGUACUUUUUAAAUGUUCUAAACUGAACCAUUUUAUAUUGUAUAUAU